AUGCUGCUGAGCGUUUCAAUGGCUGACCUGAAUGGGCGAACUAGGGUCGCUUUGGGCGGCUGGGCGGUAAAGAGGUGCUCAAUUGGGUUCAGUGUGCAAGGUUCUAUAAUGAAAGAGCCGCUCUCUGGAGCUGCCUCUUUCACAGAUACCGGAGUCUUGAAAUGGAAGUCAAAGGAACGUCUCGAAUAUUUCGAAAACUGCGACUCUUUGUGCGUACCUGUGGCUAAGUCGGUGGUUCUUGGUGAGACGAUUAGCAUGAAGCAUGGUGCUGAGGUGCUUGCUCGUAGCGUUGCAAAAUUUCCAAGUUGUGGGGAACCACCAGCUAAGAGCCGGAACGCAAUCAGAACAACUAUCACGUGUCUUCCCUCUGUAUUCACCGCCAAUUCCAAGGCUGGUGAUCACGAAAAUACAAUGCGAGUGGCCUCCUUGAUUCUAGCAAGACCCUUGACCGAUUUAUCCCUAACAAUGCAAUUCCCAAAUCCGCUCCGACUUCCAGUCCCUCACCGAGUAUACUCAGCCCUUGGCAAGAAGAAAAAUAAUACCGACGUAAACCUGAAUCUCCUUGUGGGCCUCAGAUGCCACCCGGAAUUCUACGACAUUGGUGCCUUAGCCACUCCCCUCAACUUCCUCUCCAAAAACCAAACGGGAACAAAUAUUACUCAGAGGAGGAUGGCUACAAAUCAUUUAUUCUACUGCAUCCUCAAUCCCAAUAAAGAACUUUAUUUUAUGAGUCUCACCCCUUUCCGCGGAAAUUUAUCCUCCAAUCGUUUUAGAUUUAUCUUGAUACCUCCACGAUUCCCCUUGCAGACGUCUCAAAACAGCCAGAUCAAUGACUCUCAUACCCCUUGGGGAUACGCAGAGCAGCCCACCUCAAACCGUACACAAAAAGCAGAGCAAUGCCUCGCCACCUACGUAAAGCAGGAAGAGCAGCGUUUCUCAAGAUAUGCAGGAGCUGCAAAGAGCAAAACCUGCCAUGAUAAUAUCCAUGGCAGUGGUUACAUGCAGAAAAACGCCCCCCAAACAGAGUACGUUGCAAGUGGCAAAAUUUCAACCUUCUACCAAGCAGAGCAUAAAGAUAUAUAUGGACGGAUGAAAAUGCAGGCGUCACAGAGUAGGUAUGCAAAGCAACAGUUCUUGAACUUGCGGGGUAGAAAUACUCUGGGCAAUGCUGCUCUAGAUAUGCAGGUUAGAGGUGGCUCGCGAAGCAUUAUUCUAAUAGAGAUUGACAACAAAGAGCAAGCAAAGUGCAAUAGGCGUGCUGCAAGUUUUGGAGCGGACUUAACGAAGCCUUCUAGACUUACAUAUCUCUUGUUCGUAGAUUUUCCCAGAACCGGUGAAGAGUGUUUCCUCGCUAACGUAGUAAAGAAUACGGAAAAAGGAUCAACGGCAUUCAAUCAAGAAAUCCUUCGUACGUGUGUGAACACAAUUUUUAGCGGCACUCUAGAAUUAGACCCCUCGUAG